AUGCUGUUGCACAGCUUGUGUAUGGUGUGGGCUUCAUCCAUAAUUUUUCUGCAAGGCAGGUCUGUGCUCUGUAAGGAGAUGAAGUUCCCCAGCAGGUCGACCAAGCCCCCCUCUCCAUCUGACUUUCUGGACAAACUGAUGGGACGCACAUCUGGCUAUGACGCUCGCAUCAGACCGAACUUCAAAGGUCCUCCUGUCAACGUCACCUGUAACAUCUUCAUCAACAGCUUCGGAUCCAUCACUGAAACAACUAUGGACUACCGGCUCAAUGUAUUUCUGCGACAGCAGUGGAAUGACCCUCGACUGGCGUACAAGGAGUAUCCAGAUGACUCUCUGGACCUGGACCCCUCAAUGUUGGACUCCAUUUGGAAACCUGACCUGUUCUUUGCAAAUGAAAAGGGAGCCAACUUUCACGAGGUGACGACAGACAACAAACUGCUUCGGAUAUUCCAGAAUGGAAAUGUCCUCUACAGCAUCAGACUGACACUUACACUUUCCUGUCCCAUGGAUCUGAAAAACUUCCCCAUGGACAGCCAGACAUGCACGAUGCAGCUUGAAAGCUUUGGCUACACCAUGAAUGACCUUAUUUUUGAAUGGCUGGAUGUGGGAGCGGUGCAGGUGGCUGAUGAUCUGAUGCUCCCUCAGUUUGUGCUGAAAGAGGAGAAAGGCCUCGGUUACUGCACCAAACACUACAACACAGGUAAAUUCACCUGCAUUGAGGUCAAAUUCUACCUGGAGCGUCAAAUGGGCUACUACCUGAUCCAGAUGUACAUACCGAGCCUGCUCACUGUCAUCCUGUCCUGGGUGUCGUUCUGGAUCAACAUGGAUGCGGCCCCGGCCAGAGUGGGACUGGGAAUCACCACUGUACUCACCAUGACCACACAGAGCUCUGGCUCCAGGGCCUCCCUGCCAAAGGUGUCCUAUGUGAAAGCCAUAGACAUCUGGAUGGCGGUGUGUCUUCUUUUCGUGUUUGCUGCACUGUUGGAGUAUGCGGCCGUUAAUUUUGUUUCACGCCAGCACAAGGAGUUCUUCAGACUGAGGAAGAAGCUCAAAGAGCAACAGCGGCAGAGGACUGUGAGUGGUCAGCAAGCAAGUGGUGACAGUAAGGGGAAAGGAAACAACAUGUCAGGCAACAGUGCUCCUCAUGGGAACGUAACCCAGCAGUGCAGCGUCUGUGCCAGGGAGGAGGAGCUGGCGCAGCAGGGUUUACUCUACCAGAGUUUUGGACUUGCACUGUCAACAGGAAAUGCAGCAGAAAUGGACGCAACACCAGUCUUUGCAGAUUUACCUCCCGGUUUGGGUUUCUAUGACAUACGCAGGCGCUUUGUGGAUCGGGCAAAAAGGAUUGAUACCAUCUCCAGGGCUGUUUUCCCCAUGAGCUUCCUCAUGUUUAACGUCCUCUACUGGCUUACCUACAAAGUUCUACGACAUGAAGACCUUCUAGCUACAAUGUGACAACACAAUGACUGAGGACUGUAAAGACACCAGAUACUACUUAUUCUGCUCUCUUCACUGAAACAUUUACAGGCUGAGUCCUCAGCUGAGCCAUGCAAGAUGCAUAGUGACUGCAUGUCCAGUGCUACUGGGAAAUGCCAUGACAUGGAGGAGUCCAUUGGUCUCUUUAAUUUUUUAAUAAUUUCAAAGGAAUCCACUUUUCAAUGCCACUGAUGCUUUAUGCAUUAGACGUCAGUGUACAGUAUGUGUGGUUGGCAUCCUAAGAUUAUCAACUCACGUUUUUUUGCGGAUUUUCUCCAUCUGCAGUUUCUGUGUCUUCACAUGUAUUGUACUGCAGCACAUCUUUACCAGGCCUGCAGUUGUUACUUUACACUAGUAUUAAUGGUGUCAUGAUCAACAGUGUCCAGAGCUGCAAGUUUCAUAUCACAGAGACAAAAUAAUAUCACAACAAGCAGCAACUUUGAAAGACUAGCAGCUCCGCUGUGUUUCUUACCUUGGCUACAGAUUUACAGACCUGGGAAAUACAGGAAUGAAAAUACUUAGUUUCUUUGUACACCUCAGGAAUCUGGCAUUUAAUGUCAUCUAUUCUUAUUAUUAUUACAAGAUUAUGUUUCAUGCUUGCAAAAUGGACAGAGAUUUCAUGAUCAAC